AUGAGUACCAAGGGGCAAAUUCGUCCUUCAGUUCUGAUAACUGGUUGUGGCAAAGGGGGAAUUGGACAUGCUUUGGCACUUGAAUUCAAACAUCAAGGAUACGUGGUAUACACGACUCUUCUGGCGCAUGAGCCACGGGACCAUUUGACCGAUCUCGGCAUACACGCUUUCACGGCAGAUGUUACGAAGGACACCGAUGUUGAGCAGUUGAAAGAUACCAUCUCAAGCUUAACAGAGGACAGCCUGAACGUGCUUGUUAAUAAUGCAGGAAUAUGCUAUACAAUGACCGCAAUCGAUACCGAUGUGAGGGAGGUGGAGAAGAUGUUUGGUGUCAAUGUGUUUGGACCGAUGCGCAUGGUCCACUUCUUCCACCCUCUUCUUAUCAAGGCGAAGGGAAAGAUUGUCAAUAUUGGCAGUGUGGGAGGCAUUGUUCCUUACAUUUAUGGAUCUAGCUACAAUGCCACGAAGGCCGCUCUCCACCACUGGGGCAACACUUUAAGGGUCGAGAUGAAGCCAUUUGGUGUUGAUGUGAUCAAUAUUAUCUCCGGAGAAAUAGGCACAAACAUCCUGAAACGGGAUAACAAUCGCAAGCUACCAGAGAACUCGUUUUACCGGCCGCUGGAGGAGGAGUUCGCGAACCAUGUCAACAGGACACCGCACACGACUACACCCGCAGAAUAUGCCAAGUCCGUCGUUUCUGAAGUGAUGAAGAAAAACCCGAGUGCCUGGUUCUGGACAGGAGCCACCACGGGGAUUGACUGGAUAUUCACUCGCCAAUUUAACUUGAACAAGUUGAGCAUGUGA